AUGCUUCGGGCGCAGCACCGUGCUCAAGAAGCCUUGAAGAAGGUUAACUUGAAAAGGCGAGGGAAAGCUAGUGAAAAGGUAACUACCAUAAUAUAGAUAGGUUAAAAAUUUUUUGGUUUUUUUGAUUACUAUAACUUUAUGGUGUUCACUAAGAGAACAACAUUCUGUAACAUGUUAUACUUAGCAAGCUGUGUAUACUGUAACUUUUUUCAGCAAUUCAGAAGAUUUCCAGAAUGGACUUCUAUGUUGGCAUUGCCUCAGGUUGUUUACUUCAGAAGCUUCUGUAGUUUGUUUUGGGGACUUGUAUUUCUGGCGGCUGUUGCUAUCUUUAUAUGGCAAUUGGUGGUGAUAAUCGACAACUACAGUAGUUUUCAAUACUCUGUUAUCAGGACUUUGAUAUUCUCAAACUUUUCGUUUCCAGCUGUCACUGCUUGUGAUAUGAAUCCUUACAAAAGGGAUCUGGCUUAUCAGAAUGAGGAGGUGAGUAUAAAUUUUUACAGCAUAAUAUUAAAUAUAAUAGUGUGUGGAUGUUGUCCUGUGCGAUGGCAAGUUAUGUCUUCGUUUGAUAACACAUAUUUUAGAUCAAGAAUUUGAUGGAAACUUUUGAUUAUUUGGUUGCAAAGCUCUACAACAACGAUUCUCUUGUUUACAACAGUACUUACGAACAGAUUGCAGAUGAAUAUAGUCUAAGUGUAAGUUAAAUGGCUUGUUUUACACAUUAUAUAAAUCGACGACUCUUUAAAGCAUUGCAAAGUACAAAUCUACAUCAAAAUUUUAACUUUAAGAAUAUUUUUUAGAAUUACACAUCCUCUAUGACUUUACUGGCACAAAUGAGUACAAUAUUGACUAUGACAGCGAAUACUUUCAAUCUUACUGCAGCGUCUGCUCAAUAUGACGACUUUAUUCAGGGCUGCAGCUUCAAUUUACAGGAUUGUCAAUCUGGGUAAGUUUAUUUCUUGUUUUAUGUUUUAUAUAGUAAAGGCAGGGAUAUACAUAAUGAAGGGGUAAACCUUGCUUGCCAAUUGUGAGGGAGUAGAAAAAGGUAGGUCAUGGGGUCAGUUCAAAUAUUAUAAUAUUUUUUACAGUUUUUUUUAUUUUCAGAGAUUGGACAGUGUUUUACAGUGAAAACAUGGGGACCUGUUACACUUUCAACUUGGCUGGCGAUAAAAAUGUGUCUCGAGUUGGGCCAAUCUAUGGUUUACGAUUGAUUUUGAAGUCAAAUGUAUCUCAAUACCUUCCGGUUACAUCCAUGGAAGGUUUUAAAGUGUAUGCACAUCAUCAACAAGAAUAUCCUUUCCCCGACAUUUAUGGAGUUGAUGUUAUGGUUGGUGGGUCGGCUAAUCUUGGGGUAAGGUUGAGGUUAUAAAGGUAUAUUGGGAAUGUUUUGUGACUUCUGAUGUUUAUAAUUAUUGUUAUUUAAUCUUCUUUAACAGUAAUAAACCGUGUUAUAGGUAACAUUUACCCAGGUAGCACGUCUGAGUGAACCUUACAGUCCAUGUGUUCAUGAAGACGAGAAGCCUGACUUUUACAAUUACCCGUUGAAUUACUCUACUGAAGGUUGUAUGAGGUCGGUGUAUCAAGCUGAUGUAGUAAUCAAUUGUGGAUGUUAUGAUCCAACGUAUCUUCGACCAACCAACAAUACUUUUUCUGGAUCAAAUGACACUUUGAUUGAUACAAAUCAGGUUGUUGUUUGUACUACUGGUGAUUGUAAGUGAAAAAUUAAAAGUUAUUUUAUAUUUUUUUGCAUUGUAGGUAUAUUUUUUUGUUUUUUAUGCACUGUAAGGUAAGGUUUUUUAAAUUUCGAUGUUUUCAGAUUCUUGUAUUCUAACUCAAAGAGAAAAGAACUACAAUGCGAACUGUACCCAGCCUUGUUAUGAAUCAACCUACUCGGUUGAUGUGUCAAGUUCAAAAUGGCCGAGUGGAUCAUCGACAGCUAUUGGCACAUGUGAAAAUGGUGAUUAUGGUAACCAAACAUGUGUUGAUAUGUACGCUGAAAACGGUGCUUUCGUUCAAGUUUACUUCGAAGCACAGAGCUACGAAAGCGUGGAGGAAGUGCUUGAUUACUCGGUAAGGGAACUCUUGGGUGAUAAAUGAUUAGCUAAUCGAUUAUGGGUUGGGGUGAUCAAGAACUGAGGGAAGGAGAGAAUAUUGUGUUUAUAUGAUUGUGUACUUAUAUAUAAUGUAGCGUAGAAAUAUUUUACUUGAAGCAAGAAAGUAUAUUUCAAAUGCUAUAUAAAUACCUUUAGUUCUCGAGCUUUCUUUCUGACUUUGGCGGAACUUUGGGCUUAUGGAUUGGAGGUUCUAUUCUAGUGAUUAUUGAAGUGACUUUGCUUGUAGUACAGGUUAGUUUAAUGGCUUUGUACACCAACGUUUUAUAUAUUUUUAAUCUAAAUAUGUAUCAUUUUCUAAUGACAAGUUUAAAACAAUCCUUUUUUACUUUUUGGUACUAAAACUUUUUAAUUUUUGAAUACUUUACAGUGCACAAUGGCAUUUUGUUGUCCACGCUCUGGCAGACUUAUUGGUUACUAA